UUUUCGCUACCUUCCACUGUUUUAUGUUAUGAUAUAUAAAUGCACAGCUGCCAUGUACAGUUCGCCUUCCCUAACACCCGAACUACAUUUCCCAUCGACCACCGGGCGCUUGUAAGCAAUGAAACUGCUUCAGAUUGGCUCCGGAUGAACCGGCUCUGCUAUUGGCUGUUGCUCGCACAGCGGCUUGUUUGGUUUUCAGUUGUACAGUGUGACAGAGGCGGCUGUGGACCCGCGGAGUGUGCAGCGAGCUGCGGUUCUGAUCCAGUCCGAUCCAUUUAAUUUGUGCAUAUUGCAAACAUGGCACUGUCACCACCCAGAGACCACCGAGAAAGCAGGUACCAAGCCCCCCACACUCCAGACUCCUCUGUAUCCUACAGCUUUACCCCUCAGCCAGUUGACUCCACCCCUCUGCCGCCAAUUAACGAGCGCCUGGCAUACCUGCGUCCGUCCCGCGAGCUGCUGGAGUAUUACCGCCGGAAGAUUGCAGAAUUUGAUGAAGAGCAUGAAGAUCUAGUGAAGAGGCUGGAACAGUACAAAGCUACUUAUGAAGAGCAGCACAAGCUUCAGUGGGAGAUGCGCCAACGCGAAGAGGAGAUUGCAGAGCUUCAAAGGGCGCUGAGCGAUAUGCAGGUUUACCUCUUCCAGGAACGUGAGCAUGUGUUGCGGCUGUACUCCGAAAAUGACAGGCUAAAGAUCAGAGAACUGGAGGACAGGAAAAAAAUCCAGCAACUUCUUGCCUUGGUUGGUACCGGCAGUGGAGAAAUCACUUAUUUUCAUAAGGAGCCACCAAACAAGGUCACUGUACCCCAGCGUUCCAUUCAGACAGGAGAUCCACAUGAAAGGAUAGAGCACCGUCCAUGCCGGUCAGGAACAGCUGGAAAACGACUUCAACUCAAACCAUCUGGGAAGAGUGACAGAGCCCUCGCACAAGGAAAGCCUGACGACCAAACGCUUUUGCUCCAGGUGGAGGCAUUGCAAGCCCAACUGGAGGAACAAACCCGUCUCUCCAAAGAACAAGUGGAGGCACUUUUGGAUGAUAGAAAGAUACGCAUGGAGGAGGCUCAGGUUCAGCAUCAACGAGACCAAGCCAAAAUCAAAGAGACGACUGACAAGUUAAACAAGACUCAGAAACUCCUCUAUGAGAGCACAAGAGAUUUCCUGCAGCUGAAGUUUGAGGGUCGAGCCAAUGAGAAGUCUUGGAUGGCUGAGAAGGAUCGGUUGCUACAGGAGCUUGACCGGUGUCGAGAGCAACUGGCAAAGUAUCGUGACCCAGAGCAGGAGAGAGAGCAAGAGAUUGAGAUACUGAGACUGUCACAAGCUGAGAGAGUGGCGCGCACGUCACGCAGUGAGGAAGUGAAGAAUUUAACAGAACAACUCGCACAAGCUCACCGUCUGUCUGACAUGUACCGGGAACAGUGUGUGGCCUUGGAGGACGAGCUUGGAAAGAUUCGGGAGGAAGGAGAUGUGGGGCGAGAAAUCUUUAAGGAACGUUCAGAUAAAGUGGCCAAACGGCUGCAGCUCAUGACUCAGAGAUACGAGGCUCUGGAGAAAAGGCGCAACAUGGAGGUAGAAGGCUUCAAGACAGACAUCAAGCUGCUCAGACAGAAGCUGCGGGACGUGGAGAAGCAGCUCUUUAAGGUCACCCUGAACAUCGGACCAGACCAGGAUCUCGCUAUCCUCAGUGCGGUACGGCAGGGAAACAAGCGAACCCACAAAAUUCAAGGAGAAUUGCGGAACUUGAAAGCCAAGAUCUAUGGACUAGAAAAUGAGCUGAGGGUUGGAUAAGCUGAACUUCUCUCAAGGACGCUUCAUCUUAUUUUUUUUCUUUUAAUGAACCAGGAGUGGUUUUUAUCACAGGACAAAGGUCAGAGCCCAAGGAAUUACAAGUGCGAAUUACAGUUGACCUGCAGAAGGCAAAUUGACUGCUGUGAAUGUGUGACUUUAUUUAUAAGAUAUAAUUUGGUAAAGCAAUAGUAUGUA